AUGCGACGGCAAAUCGAAGCGGGGGGCGGGGGCGGCGCGGCCGGAGCGCGCACGCCGCACGUGUCGCUGCUGCGGCCGCGGCCCGAGGCGGAGCGCGAGCGCAACGCGUACGUGGAGCCGCCGCGGCGGGCGCCCCCACCGCCCGCGCACCCGCACCAGCACCAGCACCACGCGCCCCGCCACCACCAGCACCAGCACCAGAACUCGGCGGCGCGGCCCCUCAAGCCGGUGACGACGCAGCCGGGCGCGGCCGGCAAGCAGCGGCGCCCGCUCGCCGCGGACUCGAUCGUGUGCGAGGCGUGCGGCCGGUGCCGCUGCGAGCAGUGCGCGCGCCCCAGGCCGCUGCCCUCGCGCUGGCUGUGCGGCUCGUGCCUGUGCAGCGCGGAGGCGUGCGUCGACUACGCGUCGUGCAUGUGCUGCGUGAAGGCGCUGUUCUACCACUGCGGGAGCAGCGAGGAGGAGACGGCGGAGCCGUGCGCGUGCGGGCCGCGGCUGUGGUGCGUGGGCGCGCUGGCGCUGCCGCUGCCCUGCCUGUGCCUCUACUGGCCGCUGCGCGCGUGCGCCGCCGCCGGGGCAGCGGCGUACGCGCGCGCAUCCCGCGCCGGCUGCCGCUGCGCGCCCCCCUCCCCCGCCGCCGCAGCCGCCUCCGCCGCCGCGCCGCUCUCCAGUAUUAUC